AUUAAAAAUGCACAAUAGGCUGCUCCAAGCUCCACAUAAUACUCGGAAUAAGACGAUGCGGAUGCGGCGACGCCAUCUUCAGUUCGUCUGCCUCGUCGGUCCGUCAAUUGUGUGUAAAUCGCAAGGCGCGCUUAUCAGAAACUCGACAAUUAACCGAACCAAAGUUAAAAAUAGUUGAACAAAAUAAAUAACAAAUAUUAUAUACAUUUGAACCAAACAAGUGUUCGUGGUCUGUCUUUGUGUUUAUCGCAUUGAUUUCCAAAUAAAAAUCGCAAAUCUCUUGAGCGCGCCUCAUUAGUUAAAGAAUUCGACGGUUCAACUGUUGGCCUGAUAUCUGAUUUUUGUUGGCCUAAAGUAAUUAUUACGCACAUGUUGCGGCCAGUUGAGUUUGCAACUAAAUGUAUAUCGGUCUACGUCUUGUUUUCUCUGUUGUUCCUAUCUUAAAUUCUUAUCGGAAUUAACGGAAGCUGUGACGCUUCUUUGAUUUCGCUUAAUGACGCUGAUUAAAACAUGAACGCACUCGAUAUGAAUAAACAAUUUCUUAGCGUGUCGCAGGAUCCGCACUCAAGUGAUGCCCAACGCAAUCGAACACGCUCGGAGCGUGCCUCAAGUUUGGCCUUGCCACUCAACUCGCUGCUGGAUUUUUAUGACAAGCAACAGGAGCAAUGCAAAUCGGUUACCCUUCUCCCCUUGCCCAGCAACGGCAGCAGCAUCGUCCGUCGCCAUUCCUCCCACUAUUAUCCCAUGCUGGAGGAUAAGCAGAAAGCAAUGCAGCUGCCCCAAACUGCCUCGGAACUGUUGGUAAACAUGUCGGCUCAGAAAUAUUGCAAGUCAGCCACAGGAGCAGGAGUAGGAGCAGGAGUAGGAGCAGGAUCAGGAGCAGGAGUAGGAGCAGGAGGAGCACCGCUGUCAGUGGUCGCAGCGGGUAAGCAUCAGCAGCAGCUGGUGCGUGUGGACACGCCAGUGACGCCACCACCACCGAUACCACGACGCCAAAUGAUGCGAGCCAAAUGCGGUUGGCCGAAUGAUGUUGGCUGCCAGGAUACGGCAAGCAAUGCGAGCAAUGUGUUUGUUUAUCCACAGCCAACAAAUGGGGGCAUGGAUGCCACUGGCACUGCCGCUGCCACAGCCCCACUUAAUCUGAGUGUGGGUGGCGUUGUGGGUGGUGUGGGUGGGCAAUCAGCGCUGCUUGUUGACAUUGGCACACGUCCGGCAUACGCGGAUGCCGAUGGCAUUUCCGAUGACGACCGCAUGAGUCUGGAGAAUUCAGUUUUCGAUGAGUCACUAACCUCGACACCUGUCAAGGUCGCCGGCUAUCACAACACUCGCUAUGUGGCAAGCAAGCGUGCUCAGCGCUCCUCCAGCAGCACCGUGGACUCGGCCUAUGGUUCCUCCUCAUCGGCUGGGGGACACAGUGAACGUUUCGCCUCCAGCUCCUCGACGAGCGUUGAUUUUCGCAGUCGCUUCUCAUCGGUGGACACGCAAUCCUCGCUGGAUGACAAGCCCAUGUCCAGUUGCAUUGAUUCGCCGCUGGCCAAGGAUACGUGCCGCUUGGAACGUGCUGCCCUCAACGAUGUGAUGCACAAGCUCAACAAUAAUCUCUAUGCCAGCAGCAACAAUAUGAUGAGCAACAACAACAACAACAGCAGCAGCAGCAGCAACAACAGCAACAACAAGUUGCCCACAGUGCCAGCACGCAAGUUGCCACAGCUGCCCACAAAGUUGCCACCGCCACCGCCGGCCUCAAAGCACAGCUCCUCGAGCGAGACAACGAGCAGCGUCUCCGCUUCGGCAUCCACUUCAUCCGCCGGCAGCGGUUCCAGCACCAUUUCCAGUGCCACCCUGUCAUCCACAUCCGUCUCGUUGAGUGCUGGCCCAGCUGCAGUGGGCAAUCCGAAACGUCCAGGUCCGCCGGAGCCACCGUUGCGUAUACUCAACUCGUUUGAGGCGAUGGACUCCAUGCCCAAGAUUCAUUCGCAGCCGCCGUUGACGGUGCGCAACAAAUUGAAUCGCAACAAGCCGCCGCCCAUUGUCUAUCCAAAGUUGCAGCAGCGUCAGGAUUCGACGCUCUCCAGCGACAGCUACUCCAUCAGCUCCAGUCCCGGCUACAGUUCCAAGCUGAUGGAGACACCGCUGCUCUCGGCUGCCCAGAGCACACGCAAGACUCCCGCUCCGAGCGUGGUGCAGCGUCAACCUCUCAUGGAUUUGGCACCCACACGAUUUGGCAUUGGUGGACAGUCGACGCCGUCGCGGGGCAAGCUGAACUUUCGCCAGGACUCGACCAUAUCCAGCGACAGCUUCAGUCAGACAUCCAGUCCCGGCUACAAUCCCAAGCUCAUGGAGGCACCGCUCUUGCCCUCCCUGUCCGCCAAGCGACUCUGCAGCGCUCCUGCACCUAUUGUCUGUCGUCAGGGCGUCCAGCAUGAGCCCAUCGAGGAGCUGGAGCCGCCCCAGACGCUGUCACCGCUCAACAAGUGCGCAAGUGCCACGCCCAGCAGCCUACAAACCAUCGUCCGCUUUCAGAACGGAGCACCGCAUACCAUGUCCUUGCAGCACCAGAUCAUCAAUCGUCGCAAGAGCUCCAAUCCGUAUAUUACCAAUGGCAGGUUGAAGUUCCGUCUGUUCCAGAUAUUGAUCAAUGCUUUCGCCCUGUUGGCCAUUGCCGGCGGUUUGGCAGCCUAUUUCAAUGCGUAUCCGACCAUUAAGUUUGUGAACAAGACGAUCAUCAAUACCAUCCAUGUGGAGGAUACUUUUAGGAGCUUUGGCAAAAAUCCAGCGCCUGGCACUUGUCUGCCCAUCAUUGUGAAGUUCUGCCAGGGACCGCAGAUACCCUACAAUUACACCGUCUUUCCCAAUUAUAUUGGGCACUUUGGGCAGAUAGAAACUCAAGUGGAUCUCGAAUCAUAUGAGGCAUUGGUCGAUGUGCGUUGCUAUGAAUUGGUCUCCUUAUUUCUCUGCACGUUGUUUGUGCCCAAGUGUGGACAAAGUGGUGCCACAGUGCCGCCGUGUAAGACGCUCUGCACGGAGACGAUGCGACGUUGUGGUUUCUUUUUUGAUGUUUUUGGCUUAAGCCUGCCGGAAUAUUUGAACUGCAAGCUGUUUAAGGACUUCUCGAGUGCGGAGGACUGUGUGGGAUUGGAUGAGGUGCGGGAUGUGAUGACAUCGUCGGCGAAUCCCGAAUGCGAUGGCUUCCUCUGCGAUCAGAACCGUUGCCUGCCCAAUGAAUAUGUCUGCGAUGGCAACUUGGAUUGCAUGGAUCAGAAGGAUGAGAGCAGCUGUCCACGUUGCAAGGAGGGAGAGAUUUAUUGUGGUGACGAUCGAUGCAUUACCACCAAUCACAUAUGCGAUGGCGUCAAUGAUUGUCCCUACGCCCAGGAUGAGCGCAAUUGUUUGCGUCUGAGUGAACGGAAUGGCGAUGUGGGCUCUGGUGUCUUGGAGGUGUAUCGCAUGAAGAAGCGCCAAUGGAUGCCCGCCUGUGUCAAGAAUUGGGAUCGUGCCGUCUCGCCAAGUGCCGUGUGCUCCAUACUCGGCUACUCCUCGGUGAAUGCCACCAGUGUGGUCACCCAACGCACUCAUCGUCCUCUGCUGGCCUCGGUCAAUGUAUCCACUGACAUUUGGAAGCUCUACGCCAAACGACGCUCCACACUGAUGCAGGAGUUUGCCAAUUGCCGGCAAUCCGAGGAUUAUCCCAUAGCAGAGCUCACCUGCUCCAAUUUCGAGUGUGGCAAGGUCAAACGUGGCAGACAGCGUCCCUCCAGGCGCAUCAUUGGCGGCGACAAGGCUAAUCCCGGCAAUUGGCCGUUCCUUGCAGCCAUUUUGGGUGGACCCGAAAAGGUGUUCUACUGUGCCGGCGUCCUAAUCUCCGAUCAGUGGGUUCUCACCGCCUCCCACUGUGUGGGCAAUCACACUGUUAUAGAUCUGGAGGAUUGGACCAUACAACUGGGUGUCACGCGUCGCAACUCCUUCACCUACACGGCGCAAAAGGUCAAGGUCAAGACGGUUAUACCCCAUCCGCAGUACAAUAUGGCCAUUGCCCAUGACAAUGAUAUAGCCCUGUUUCAGCUCGCCACUCGAGUAGCUUUCCAUGAUCAUUUGCUGCCUGUGUGCUUGCCUCCGCCCAAUGUCAAAAUGUUGAGAGCGGAGCAGCUUUGCACGGUCAUCGGUUGGGGCAAGCGUGACGAUAAGGAUCCCAAAUCAACCUAUGAGUAUAUUAUCAACGAGGUACAGGUGCCGAUCAUUACGAGGAAUCAGUGUGACGAAUGGUUGGAUAACUUGACAGUAUCCGAUGGCAUGGUCUGUGCAGGAUAUGAUGAUGGUGGCAAGGAUGCCUGUCAGGGCGAUUCGGGCGGUCCUUUACUCUGUCCGUAUCCGGGUGAGAAGGAUCGUUGGUUUGUCGGUGGAAUUGUUUCGUGGGGAAUUAUGUGUGCACAUCCCAAACUGCCUGGUGUCUAUGCCAAUGUCAUCAAGUAUGUGCCGUGGAUACACGAACAAAUCCAGAAACAUUCACGUCCCGCCAACGAAGAGCCCAUACAGAAAUACGAUCUACAUCCGGGCGGACCCGACAUUUUAUCCAAACUAUCGGCGGGUCCGGUGAGAAAACGUAAGCCCUAUAACUACCAUAAUGGCAAGCCCAAAGGCAUUGACUUCUAUGAUAGUGAGGAGCGUAAGUAAAUUCCACUUCCCAUAUUAUAUAAUCCUACAUAAUGUAUACCUAGCAUAUAUAUAGCGACAAUAUUGAUAUGAUAUAUCAUAUACGAUAUAUGAAUACAGCAUAUCCUUGAAACGUUUGCACAAAGUACAAAACAAAACUGUUGUUGUACCCAAUACACACACACACACCACACACCAUAUAUAUAUUUAUAUAUAUUUUGCUACCAAAAAUUGAGCUAAUCUAGCCGAUAGUACGAUAUAAAAUACAAAAUCAAAAGAAAUUAAAAUCUGGGCAACAUAAUCGUAUGUCAAUUUGCCGAAUUUAUUUGUCAAUUUUUUACAAAGAGAUUUCUAUGAACCGAAACCAGAAACCAGAAAAAGCUCAACAACCAAUGUCAAUGAAAACUGCAUAAUCAAUUUACAUAUUUAUACAUAUGUAUCCCUAUAUAUGACAUACAUAUAAAAUUGACCUACAUAUUACCCAAACAUAUACAUAAUCCUUGUGUCUAAAUAUCGUGAAUCGUGGACAAUAAAAUAAAUGUCGAUUGAGUUGUAGCAAAAUUAUUGUGUUAUACUUAUAGAAAUCAAAGAUAUAUAAGCAUGUAUGUACCUAUCAGAAGAACCCCACACUUAGCAUAGGUUAAAUAUAAAAAGAAAUACUUGAAAAAUCAAUCUGUAUAUCUGACUAUAAAUAAAUCAAACAAAAAUGUAUGAUUGCCGCCAACAAAAAAAGAAAAGAAUAUUAAAAUAAAAGAUCCUAAUAAUAAAUGGAUCUACUUAAAGAUGAUAAUAAUAGUUUAUAAGGUAAUCAAAAAUUAUCCCAAGCUAUUGUGUGUUAAAACGUAUAUGCAAUUAGAAAUUAGAAAACAAUUAUAGACAAUAAAAUACAGAAAACGGAAAAUAUUGCUGAUAUUGAGCAUUUGAUGGGUAUUACUGCGGUUAGAAGCAAAAACUUAUACGAGAAUAAUACUUAUCUGAAUACCUAACCGAUUUUGAAACUCCAGUGAAAUGUGCAAUUGACAAUAAAAAACUCUGCACAAAAUUUUCCAAAAAAAAAAAAAACUUAACAAAAGAAUAGAAAUGAAAACAAAAGUGAAAUUAUAUCAGUUGUUUAAAAACGAAAAUAAAGACGAGUCCUUUUUUAGGCAUAUAUAAAUCUAGUUUUAGCCAAGUGAAAAUACAUGAAAAUACUAACUACAAUGCGUGGGUUUCAGCUUUAAAUAAAUUGAAAAUGAAAGAGUACAGAAUAUCUAUGCUAUAUGUAUUAUACAUGCAUAUAUUGAUGUACUAUUUACAACAAAAAAUGGAGUAAGCAAAUGAUAAUUAAAUAGUGUAACUAAUGUUUAUAGCUAUAUACAACUAAUAUUAUGUACUUGUUUAGAAUGCGUAUUAGACUGGCCGCCACAUCAAAGUGAAAUAACUGAAUUAGAUAUGAUUUCAAACUAAAUAAAAUAAGACAAACAGCCAUAAACAUAGAAUUUUUGAAAAAUUGUAUUUAAUUUGAUUCUGUAAUUCGCUAGGGCGCCAAUCCAAUACGUACCGCACUAACCUAUGCCUAUGCCAUCUAGGAGUAGUAUCUAGAGAGUGCUACAAUUUUUACAACUAUUUUGCUAACAAAACAAAUGUGUACUAUGUAAUUAAUGAAGUAAAUGCGUAACUAAAGACUCAAAAUUGGUUGUUUCUGCAAGAAAUUAACACACAUAGAUACUCACACACACGCACACAGAUAAAUGCAGAACGUGCAGGCUUUAAUAUUAUUUCAAUUCUCUAUAAUUUCUAGCUAAACUUGUUGAAAAUGCUUUAGAUGAGUAUUCUUAAGGAUUAUAUUCAAAACAUAAAUAUAAAAAAUACCUAAGGUGUGUGUACGUGUAUUGCAAAUGUAUAAUCCAAAAGUUGGUAUACUAAAUUACCUAUAUGCAUGUUUUGUACAAUCAGUUUACAGAAACAAAACCACAAAAUGUUGGAUUUUAGUAAGGUAUUAGUAGUAAAUAAAUAUAUAUUAUUUUUAAGCGACAAAUGAAGCGCAUAUUACACAAGGCACACGAAACUUUUUUAGCAAACUGCAUAAAGAUAUAAAAUGAUGUAAGUGAAAUAUACAAAA